UGAAGUAUUUUCUCAAAGUUGGUGAUUUUGGUGCUUAUUUGUACACAUUUUGUCCUGAGAAAGUUCAUUUACUGUUUAUUGGUACGAAGUGGUUAUGACAAUGGGUCUAGGUACAAGAGGUUCUCGAUUUGGGUCAGCAGAGGUAAUUCAGAUUCAUCUCUUCCUUGGGUUUAUUAUUAGACUAUUAUUUAUUGCAUAUGGUGAGCAUCGUGAUAAAACAAACACACUCAAGUACACAGAUGUUGAUUACCAUGUUUUUACUGAUGCUUCACGUGAAAUAGUUGCAGGAAGGUCUCCUUUUGAUCGACACACCUACCGGUACACCCCGUUCCUUGCUUGGGUGCUCUUGCCUAAUGUAUAUAUUCAUUUUGCCUUUGGGAAAUUGCUUUUCUCAGUUUUAGAUUGCAUUGCUUCAAGACUAAUCUAUGAGUUACUUAUUCGGGGUGGACAAAGCAAAUUAACUGCUCUAAAGUGUUGCUUCAUAUGGUUAUACAACCCACUAGUAAUUGGGGUGUCCACACGAGGAAGUGCAGAAGCCAUUAUGGCAGUUUUGGUAUUGCUUACACUCUAUAUGAUGAGAAUAAGGUUCACCUUUCUUGCUGGAAUUUUCCUAGGAAUGUCGGUUCAUGUCAAACUAUAUCCAGUCAUCUAUUGCCUUCCACUGUACUUAUCAUUAACCAGUGACUUACAUCAGCAUCAUGUCUGGAGUAAAUUUAUGCCAACUUCUUCAAAAAUUCAACUAGUGGUAGGUUCAAUGGUUUCAUUUUGUGGUCUGACAGGAUUAGCAUUUGCAAUGUAUGGAGAACAGUAUGUUGAGGAAGCCUUCUUGUAUCAUCUCUCCCGCACAGACACCAGGCACAAUUUUUCAAUUUAUUUUUUUCUCUUGUACAUUGGUGCAGAUUUUCAUAUUCCAGGGCUAAAUGUUGCCACUUUUGGACCUCAAAUGAUGCUAAUACUUGCACUUGGAUAUAAAUUCAGUAGUCAUACAGAUGUUUAUUUUGGAAUGUUUACACAGACUGUAGUAUUUGUUACCUUUAAUAAAGUAGUAACAUCACAAUAUUUCUUAUGGUAUCUUCUUCUGUUGCCACUAAUAGUACCCCAUCUGACGGUAACCUGGCAAAAAGCGGCACUUCUCACAGUGUUGUGGGUAUUGGCUCAAUUGGCGUGGCUUGUUCCAGCCUAUUUACUAGAGUUUCAUGCUGUAAAUGCCUUUGUACCCAUAUGGUUGGAGGGUAUUUCUUUUUUCUGCUGUAAUGUAGGGGUGCUAAUGGCACUGAUCUCAAGCUACACAAUAGUCCCGUCCAACGACCACCAUAGUUCUCGUAAAAAUCGAUAACCCAUUAAAGGUGUUUUCAAGACGUUUGGUUAAAAGCUUCUGUAGCAUUUGAGAUGGAGCACAAAUAUGUAAAGCAGCCUUAUCUUUAGCCUUUGGUACAUUAGAACUAAUAGUUGGUGGAACUGGUACACAAAACCUUGCAAGGAACUUUAAUAAUCAUUUAAUUAUUUGGACGUGGCAUUACAACUAAGAUAUUGAUCAAGACAUUUGGCUCUUCAUAAGUUCUAUGACUACAAGCUAGUGGCAACUGCUCCUGUUUAAUGCCCAUUGUGAUAUAUAAUACCAUUGGUGUUAUUGUUUUUGACUGAUAAGGAAGUUUACAUAAUGUACAGUUUGUAUGAGAAAAAUAGUUUAUACAAGGUUAUUUAUGCAUUGUCCUACAUUGGAUAAGGAAAGAUCUGCAAAGUGUACAGAAUAAUGUAAUAAUGGCUUAUGGAGUCAUUUCAUUAGUAAGUCACUGGUACAGUAUUGAAUUUAACUAUUGUAUUUAUGUUAAUGUCGAGCUCUGUGAAAUCAUUUUUUUUUUAGUUUAAAGA